GUUUCGAGCCACUACUCGGGUGCUGGGAAUCAAACCUGGGCGCUCUGCCAGAGCACUGCUGAGUCAUCGCUCAAGCCUCCCCCUCGUCCUUCCUUUGACAGUUUCUCGUCGGUCCGUUGGCCCACGUACUGAUGAGCAGUUUCUGCAUCUUCUCGUCUUCCACUAACGCUCAUGCGGCCGGAGGAACUUGGCGCUGCCCUCCUCCCCUCUCCUGCAGCUACCGGGCGGUUCAUCUACCCAGGACCUCCACGGAGCCAGGAUUUUCUCUACACCCGGCAUCCACCGCUCCCGCACCAAUAAAGCUUUAUCGACAGAGCGGAAGCUAGGUGUCGCUCUCUCACCUCCUUCGGUCGGGAAACGGAAGCAGGCCAUAGCCGGCCGGAACCCGCCUCUCGAGAGCGGAAGUGCGGCCGGAAACUGGCCAUAGAAGCGCGUGGCUAGAGCGACCCUGCGGGGAGGUGGCAGGAAAGGCUGGGAGCCGCUGCCGGAGGUGACGGAGCGGCCGCCCCGCCCCGCGCGCUGGAAGACGAGGCUUCCAGGUAGCGGUCGGUCGCAGUCUGUCCCAGGCUCCAGAAAACUUGAGGCCAGAGCCCCGCACCAGGGUGCAGCCAUGAGUGCGGAGGUGAAGGUGACAGGGCAGAACCAGGAGCAAUUUCUGCUCCUUGCCAAGUCGGCUAAGGGGGCAGCACUGGCCACACUCAUCCACCAGGUGCUGGAGGCCCCUGGUGUCUACGUGUUUGGGGAACUGCUGGAUAUGCCUAAUGUUAGAGAGCUGGCAGACAGCGACUUUGCCUCCACGUUCCGGCUGCUCACAGUGUUUGCCUAUGGGACCUAUGCUGACUACUUAGCUGAAGCCAGGAACCUCCCCCCACUUACUGAGGCUCAGAAGAACAAGCUUCGACAUCUGUCAGUUGUCACUCUGGCUGCCAAAGUCAAGUGUAUCCCAUAUGCAGUGUUGCUGGAGGCUCUCGCCCUUCGUAAUGUGCGCCAGCUGGAAGACCUCGUGAUCGAGGCCGUGUAUGCCGAUGUCCUUCGUGGAUCUCUGGACCAGCGCAAUCAGCGGCUAGAGGUUGACUACAGCAUUGGACGGGACAUCCAGCGCCAGGACCUCAGCGCCAUCGCCCAAACCCUGCAAGAGUGGUGCGUAGGCUGUGAGGUUGUGCUGUCAGGCAUUGAAGAGCAAGUCAGCCGUGCCAACCUGCACAAGGAGCAGCAGCUGGGCCUGAAGCAGCAGAUCGAGAGUGAGGUUGCCAACCUUAAGAAAACCAUUAAAGUUACAACAGCGGCCGCUGCUGCAGCCACUUCCCAGGACCCUGAGCAACACCUGACAGAGCUGAGAGAACCAGCUCCUGGCACCAACCAGCGCCAACCCAGCAAGAAAGCCUCAAAGGGCAAGGGACUCCGAGGGAGCGCCAAGAUUUGGUCCAAGUCGAACUGAAAGGACUUGUUUCUUCCCUGGGAAUGUGGGGUCCCAGCUGCCUACCUGCCUAGCCCUUAGGAUUCCUCAGAGAGCCUUCCUGUGCCCCUGGCCAGCUGAUAAUGCUAGCUCAUGACUUCCAUCUCCUCCACCCCCAAGCAUAACCACAUCCUCUGUGGGGAGGAGGCCAGUACAGGUCAUGCUAUGUUGGUACUUCUUACGUGUCCCAUUCUCCUCCCCACCACGCUUGCUCCCAUUGUUCUUUAGCACUGUGUCUGCCCAUGACCCCCGGCAUUGAGCAGGCCGGCAGUCCUACAGAGGGUGCUGGCUCUCCACUACCCACACCUACCCCUGCAUGCCUAACCUGCAGCUCCUCCUCCUGCCUAGUGGGCUGCAUCUGAAAAGCCAUGGGGAAGGGGGUCUCCACCUUCAUCCCAGCCUUAGAGUUCUGGAGUCAGUCUGCUACCCUGGGAGUCACUGGACAUUUUCCUCCCAGAACCCCAUCACACUACAUUGUCUCUUGUCCUCUCUCAUCUCCUUGGGCCUGGGGAUACUGCUGCUCCAGUGACCCCAGAGCCUGAGGACAACUAUUUCUGAGAUGUUAAGAAAUGGUUCUUGGUUAGCUAAUCAUCUUAGGAAACACAAUGGAAAUCCUGCCAGAACUUAUAUCUCCUGUGGUUUUGGUGGGGAAGGAAAUAUAGAUUGUAUAUUAAAAAUAAAAAGUAUAUAUGAAUAGGUCUAUAUAUAACAUGACACAGAAAUAAAUCUAUGAGAAAUCUAUGUACAAAAA